CGAUUAUCGAAGGCAAAAGAAGGCGAGCAGCGGUGGGCGGUGGGUGGAAAACAAGUGUAGGUAAGACGUAAGGGUGCUUUCGAUAAAUACCCCGCCUUGUCCUCUCGGGCUUCCUCGUCUUCUCUCUCCACCCAGCACCACAACACAACCCCACUCAAAACACCAUCUCAAGGUCGGUCUCUCACCCAUUCCAUCCCAUCUGCUCUCUAUAGCGCGCUCUUUGCGGCAGCGAAAGGUUCAUCGGUCAUCGUUCAUCGGAAGGCCGUGAUGUCCAUGAUGUCAGUGUUUGCUGACUUCUCUCUGUAGACACAUACGAAAUGGUCAACGUAGGAAUCAACGGCUUCGGGCGUAUCGGACGUAUCGUCCUCCGCAAUGCUAUUGAGCACGGAGACAUCGAUGUCGUCGCCAUCAACGACCCUUUCAUCGAGCCCAAGUACGCUGUCUACAUGCUGAAGUACGACUCCACCCACGGAAACUUCAAGGGUGAAAUCUCCGCCUCGGCCGAUGGAGACCUUAUCGUCAACGGAAAGACGAUCAAGAUGUACCAGGAGCGCGACCCUGCCAACAUCCCGUGGGGUAAGGCUGGUGCCGACUACGUUGUCGAGUCCACCGGUGUCUUCACCACCAAGGAGAAGGCUUCCCUCCACUUGAAGGGUGGUGCCAAGAAGGUCGUCAUCUCUGCUCCUUCUGCCGAUGCCCCCAUGUUCGUUUGCGGUGUCAACCUCGAUAAGUACACCAAGGACAUCGAUGUUCUGUCGAACGCCUCGUGCACCACCAACUGCUUGGCUCCUCUCGCUAAGGUCCUGAACGACAAGUUCACCAUCAUUGAGGGACUCAUGACCACCGUUCACUCCUACACCGCUACCCAGAAGACCGUUGACGGUCCCUCUGCUAAGGACUGGCGUGGUGGACGUACCGCUGCCGCCAACAUCAUUCCUUCCAGCACUGGUGCUGCCAAGGCUGUCGGCAAGGUUAUCCCCGAGCUUAACGGCAAGAUCACCGGAAUGGCCAUGCGUGUUCCUACCCAGAACGUUUCGGUCGUCGACUUGACUGUCCGUCUCGAGAAGGCCGCCUCCUACGAGGUCAUCAAGGCCGCCAUCAAGGAGGCUUCCGAGGGUGACCUCAAGGGCAUACUUGCCUACACCGAGGACGAGAUUGUCUCUUCCGACAUGAACGGCAACCCUGCGUCUUCCAUCUUCGACGCCAAGGCCGGUAUCUCUUUGAACGACCACUUCGUCAAGGUUGUCUCCUGGUACGACAACGAGUGGGGCUACUCCCGCCGUGUCCUUGACCUGAUCUCCUACAUCGCCAAGGUCGACUCCGCGUAAAUGCAUUCUGUCGGUUAUGUGUUUGGUUUGAGUAGGGAAAUGGGAAGCCGAAGGGAAUAAAACUCCUUGAGGCUCAAAAGGGGAAUAGCAUAAAAGCUGGGGCUUAGGAAUAAAUAAAGGCUGCAGUUUGGUUUCCCUAAACCUUUGUGUUCUCUCGUAG